AUGAUUUCCGGACCUACAUCAGUUAACUUCUGCAAUCAGACACACUUGUGGAUGGCUGAGGGAUUUGAUAUCAUGUAUAGUUCAUGUCGGCUGCAAAGCACAGGCAACUUUGAUAUCAAUGGGAUGACGACUGCACUGUAUCGGUUGAAGCUCAAAAAAGUCAUAUAUGCAAUGGAUGCAAAUUCCUAUAUAACCCAAGUUACCAAAAUGAUAGACGCGUUUAACAGACCCUUCCACAAUUGUCCAUUCAACGGAUUUAUCUAUUAA